GCCCGGCAUGGCUCCGGUACCGGCACCCACUGGGCCCUCCAUGCCCACCACAGCUCCCAUACCUCCAGCUUCCUUGAAGACCACCAAAGUAGCGGCGCCCAACAGUUCCUCAGUGCAUCCUAAGUCCCCUAACUUGGUCAUGAGCCCCAGUAGUUCUAAGUCUACCAGAUCAACAGGUACUAAGACAGCUCCUUCAACCCGUCCCAGCAGUAGAUCCCAAGGCCACAGCAAGACAAGAACACCCAGUCGGCUGAGCACUGACACCAAGGCCAGGAAGGCCAGCAAGAGCAGGAAGAGCGGCACGACUGGCAUCGUGGAACAGCAUCAGCAGAAAGGCACACAUAGCCGGGGGCGAACUCCGGGCAGGAAGCGAAGUCACAGCUCCAAGAUGUCCCCCAGCAGAACAAGUACUCCUAUCAGGAAGAGAACUCAUUCCGCCAAACCAGGUGUGGCCAAGAAGGCAACGACACCUACUUCUGACCGCAAACAAAGCCAAGACAAGAGUUAUACCCAACCUAGAACCAGUACACAGGAAAGGAGUGACAGCCAGCCUAGAAACAUGCACCAGGAAAAGAGCCCCAAGUCGCCAGGGGCCUCAGACCCGGGGAGCAGCUCUAGAGUAGCUGUGAUCCCCAGUAGGGCCAAGAGCCACAGCUUAAGUAGGACGGUCUUAAUGAGCUCUAGCAAGUCUCCUGUGGCAUCCAGGAGAGCCAAGAGCUAUAGCCAGGUGACGUCCCCCAGCAGGGAACAGACUCACAUCGUGAUAGAUCUGACUGACUUGUCAGGCACGGUCAAGAGUAACAAGCAGGACAGCAGCCUUAGCAGGACCCAAAGCUUUAGCCGCUCCAGGACCCCCAGCAGGACCCGAAGUCACAGCCGCUCCAGGACCCCCAGAAGGUCAAGAAGUCACAGUCACAAGAGGACCCACAACCGGGUGAGAAGUUACAGCUGGAAGAGAAAUCGUAGUAGGGCAAGAAGUCGUACGCGGAGGGGCACACCCACCCAGAUGAGACGCAGCAAGUCCAGAACCCACAGCCAAGGGAAACGUCACAGCCCACGGAGAGCUCUAGGAAGGGAAAGAAGUCGAGUGAGGUCUAGGACUUCCAGUGAGGAAGAAAGUCGCAGCCGGUCCAGAGGGACCCGAGAGAGACAUCACAGCCGAUCCAGAACUGCCAGGAAGAAGGGGCACAAGCUGUCUAGGAUGCCUAGCAGUGAAAGCAGGCACAACCCGUCUAGAACCCCCAGCACAGACACAGCCCGCAGCCGGCCUAGAGCCUCCAUCAAGAAGAGAGCACAGAGCCGAUCCACCAUUUCCAGCAAGGAAAGGCACCGUGAACACGGCCACACUAGAACCCACAGCAGGGACCGAGAACACAGCCAAUCUAGAACCUCCGCCAAGGACCAAGAAUACGACCAAGCUACAGCCCCUGAGAGCCUCCCAGGGAAGCCAUCUCCCACCAGAACCAGAAGUUCUAGCCAGAAGAGAGCCCACAACAAGGAAAGGGGUCACUCCUCCUCGCAGUCUUCCAAGGGAAUCCAAGCCCAGGAAUCCAGCUUCGUCAACACCACAACUUCUAAGGCUAUCUCACCUGGGGAAAGGUCUUCAUCAUCUUCCUCCAAGCUGGCAUAG